AUGGCCCUCGCUCUGACAUUCUCGACGGGGAAAGCGCAACUGGAUGAUUUGAUUCGGGAGUUGCAGUUGCAGCACCUUCGAGGAGGAGGAGCAAGGCUGAUCUCUGCGCACCAAGCCAACCUGGAGGCUGUGGACGACAUCGACCGGCUCUUUUCGGAGAUCCGGCAGGCCCACGGCAAGCGGCCAGACGUCCUCGUCGCCAAUGCAGGAUACGCAAAAGUGAUACCCAACAUUGCCGACAUCCCGCUCGAGGAAUUCGACAGGGCCAUGGCCGUCAACUUGCGAGCGACAUUCCUCCUCGUCAAAUUGGCUCUGCCGGCGAUGGUGGAGCAAGGUUGGGGUCGGAUCGUUUUUGUCUCGAGCAUCGCCGCCGAAGGAGGCGGGAUCAACGGCUGUCACUACGCCGCGUCCAAGGCCGGCAUGAAUGGGAUGAUGAGGAAUCUCGCGACCAAGCUUGGCAGACACGGUAUCACUGUCAACAGCCUUGCUCCCGCCAUGAUCGGAGCGACCGGGCUCAUCCCAGAUGAAAGCAUAUUGAAAGGCACACCUGGCGACGUCGUGAAUAUUCCCGUGGGGAGGUUGGGCACACCGCAGGAAUGUGCCAACGUGAUCGAGAUGAUUUGUACAACUGGCUACCUGACGGGACAAAACAUUCUGCUCACUGGUGGCCUCAAAUAG